CUCAGCCUCCAGCCCCAGGCCAUUGCUAGCAAAAAGGGGGAGCCGGCUGGCGGGGGCUGCGGCACACAGGCGCGGGAGCCGGCGCGGUGUCAAGUGCAGCUGGGACGCACGGACCGGGCCGAUUUGCAUUUUACCCUUUCUUGCAUCUGCACCCAGUUGUAUUCAGCAUGGGGGAACAGGACCACUCUCCCGGGAAGGAGCUUCAGCACCGGACACGAGCAGAGGCUCCAGCAAAGAAAAGCUGGCAUUCCCAGGCCUACGCCCUCGGGGCUGUUUCCAACUUUAUGUCUACUUUUCUGACCUUUCCUAUUUAUAAGGUUGUGUUCCGGCAACAGAUCCAUGCUAUGGCAGUGUCAGAGGCUGUGCGACAGCUUUGGCAUGAAGGCCCUCAGUACUUCUACCGGGGAAUCUACCCACCUCUUCUCUCCAAGACAUUGCAAGGGACUUUACUGUUUGGGACUUAUGACAGCCUGCUGUGCUCUCUCUCCCCUGUUGGGCCACACUCCCUGGCACACCGCUGGGCUGCAGGGCUCAUGUCUGGUGUGGUGGAGGCUGUGGCACUCAGCCCCUUUGAAAGGGUGCAAAAUGUGCUCCAGGAUGGUCGCAAGCAAGCUCGCUUCCCCAGCACCUUCAGCAUUCUCAAGGAAUUCAACUCUUAUGGGCUUUGGGGGCGGCUGUCCCUGGGCUACUAUCGUGGUUUCUGGCCUGUCCUUCUCAGGAACAGCCUGGGGAGUGCUCUGUAUUUCUCCUUCAAGGACCCCAUCCAGGAUGGCUUGGCAGAGCAAGGCCUGCCCCACUGGGUUCCUGCCUUGGUGUCUGGGAGUGUCAAUGGAACAAUCACCUGCCUGGUUCUGUAUCCUCUGAUUGUGCUAGUUGCCAAUAUGCAGUCCCAAAUUGGCUGGCAGAGCAUGCCAAGCCUGUGGGCCUCUGCCCAGGACGUGUGGGACACUCGGGGCCGAAAGGUGUUCCUGAUCUACCGUGGAGGCUCCCUGGUCAUCCUAAGGUCCAGUGUGACAUGGGGCCUCACUACAGCUAUCCAUGACUUCCUACAGAGGAAGUCUCAUUUCAGGAAAGAGCUGAAAGACUGACUAGCUGCAGAAAGUGUGGCCAUGGCAACUUUGUUAUUCUAAGCUUUUCCAGGUUGGUCUAAGUAGCUUACUUCUUUGGCUUGGUUACCUAAUACAACCACUCUAUAGCAUCUUUGAACUGUCAGUGCCCUAGAGAAGUUCCCAACUACCAGCCUGUUGGGCACAGACAAAGCCCAACAGGAUUCCUUGGUCAGAAAAAGAAAGUCACCUCAGUCUAUCCACAGCUUCAACAGCCUCAGACUCAGGAGGACUUUGAAUAACUUGUAACCCAGAUGAAAUGCCAUUCCUUUAAGGAAUCCCUUGACAAUAAGAGGAAACUUUAAAAGAUGACUUUAAUUAGGCACUAUGAGUUCUGGGACCCCUCCAUUUGUCCUCCAGACCAAACUGAGCGGAAGACCAGGAACUCUAGUUUCAAAGAACUAAGCUUGACUCUUAUGAUGGGGAUUCCAUAGAACUUCUCAGAUGGCUACAUUUUCAUGACAUUGUUUACUACCCCCACCACCACUACUCUCACUUCUCAAGGUUGUAAGUCCUAGUUUCAAGGUGGCAGUUGUGGCUGGAAAUCCUAAAUUAGACUUGCCUCAAGGGAUCAAGUGUCACAGGAACUGGUGGGGCUGGAGGUGGGAGUGAGAAGAGAUGUGGUCCCUGGAUGGAUGGAAAGAAUAGACUUUGAGGAAAGAGAUUUAGUUAUAUGCAAAAUAGGAAAAUUUACUAUAGAUUGCUUGGUGUUAUCUGCUGGGACAUUUUUGAUAGCAAGGCAAUAACAUUUCCUAGAAACCACUUGAGUUUCCCUAAGAAAUCUGGAAGUGAAAUGACCAUAUCUCUUCACAAAUAACUGCAUAUUUUAUUGCUGUGAAUAAAUAUAGUUUCUGUGACAU